CAAGGGCUGCGGAGGUUUGGGGAUGACAUUCUGGUUGAUACCUGUGUGCCUUGUCGGGUACGUAAGAAAACUAAAUGUGUCCCUGCGUAGAGUUAGACAAGAAGUGAGCAAAAGGAUUUUAGGCGCCGUCUUAACCGGUUAAGGAAACAGACCUACUGACAACAGCCUUCGACCAGCAGAGUCACACACCUGGAAGAGAUGGACAAUCUGACCCGCACGCCUCGUUCCCAGAGCCCCGCCCCUCGGAGUUGCGCAAACUCAAUCGCUGCCUCUAAGUCUUCCUGCUGCCCCGCCCCCCCGCGGCUGUCAAAAUCCGAACUACACUUCCUUAAGGCCGGGGCCACAGCGCCGCGCAUGCUCAGAGUUCACGAGGUGGAUCGCACACGUGCUUCCAGCCUGCCGCGGCGCCUGCGCAAUAGCGACCCGGAGUCUGUGCCCUUAGGACGCUUUUGGUACCUUGACUCCAGCUGUCUGCGCGAGGUCAUUUGUGCUCGGCGGCUUGUGCACACGCCUUGCGAGCGGCGGCGCCAUGGGUCUGACUUCCAAUUCCAGCGUGCGAGCCCGCUCCAUGCUGGGACUAGACAACUCUCUUCUGAGGCUGAGGCUAAGCAGAUUAUGCAGAAUUUCCUUCUCUCCAUCAUUGCCUGGACCUGGGUUGAAUGGAUUGCAGCAGUGACCCUUGCUGCAGGAACAGCUGUAAUUGGAUAUCUAGCUUACAAAAAAUUCUAUGUUAAAGAUCAUCGCAAUAAGUCUAUCAUAAACCUUCACAUCCAGAAAGACAACCCCAAAGUAGUACAUGCUUUUGACAUGGAGGAUCUGGGAGACAAAGCUGUGUACUGCCGUUGUUGGAGGUCUAAAAAGUUCCCAUUCUGUGAUGGAUCUCACACAAAACACAAUGAGGAGACUGGAGACAACGUGGGACCUCUGAUCAUCAAGAAAAAGGAAACUUAAUUGGACAGUUUCGAUGCUAAAAGUCAACUCAUUGUGAUGUUAUGUGAUUGUUUAAUCAGAAUGGCUACCACUUCUGUCUGAUUCACCCCUCCUGGAUUCUAGAUGUGGUAUAUUGCAAAUUUCAGCUUUCAUGUUCAUGGCAUUUGCCUUACUUGUUGAAACAUCGUGGUGCACAUUUGUUUAAACAGAAAAAAAAAGGAAAAAACCAAUUUCAUGGCUUGUGGGUUCUUUUAGUCUUGUCAGGAUCCGUUUCUUCACAUUUAAGAUAUGGUGUUAGAAUAUAGUUGUAUCUUGAAGUUAACAUUAAAUUAUUUUCAAAGUCUUAUAUAUGCAGAUCCUACUUGUUUGAAAGAAAAUUACUCCCUUUUCAUAUUUCUUAACCUACAAGAUAAAUAGGAUAUGAUUAAGUUGCAUUAAUUUCUUAAUACAGUCUAGGAAAACCCUGUUAUGACCAUGAUUUUCUUCUUGCAUUGGUAAUGACAAUAAGAAAAUGUGGUUUCUGUGUCUUCAAAAUUUUCAAUUAGAAUGGACUGUGAAUAUUUUUUCAAUUAUAAAUCAUCCAGGUUAGUAAUAAAGGGGCAGCAACUUCCUUGUGUUCAUCUUCAUGAAUAUUAAAUUGGUCCAUUAAGGAACCAAAAGUAGAAAUUUAGAUCUUGAUGAUGAUAGAUUUAAAGUGACCAUGAAAAGUGUCUUUAAAUGUAAUUUCCAGGAUGCUGGCCCAAGGAGUGGUCAGCCCUCCAAACUAAGGAUAUGGAAGGAGACCAAACACAUGAUCAGUCCUUUGAUCACAAGGCCACACAUCCAUGACAGAAAUAGUAGUCACAAAGUAUGCUCACGGGCGUGAGAAAAAAUUUUAUUUUCCACAUUGGAUAAUCAAACACAUGACAUAUAAUAGUGAAAUUAUUUUAGAAAUUUAAAAGAAUUAGAUAUUUUAAGUGACUUAAUACAUUUUCUUAAAAGGAAAAAUUUGAAGACAAUUGCAUCUGUAAUGCUCUGCAAAGACUCAGCAGAAGCAAUGGAUUCAUUACUGAUUCUAAAAAAGAAAACUGAAAACUAAAAAUGAUUAGAUACAGUAAAAGAAGACAGAAAUAAUAGGUGUUAGAGUUUUAUAGAUGAGAAGGAAAAGUCAUGACAGCAUAGAUAAUUUGGGCAAUCAGGUAAUUUGACAUUGAUAGAACAAGUAAACAUUUCCUUUAGUACACUUGCAUUCUCAGUAGUAGUUGAUCACAAAAUUCCAACCAUGGGUGUCAUAAGAAUCAAAACAGACUGCAAUAUCCCUACAUCUGUUCUGUGCUGUUUGUUCAUGCAAUGCAAGCUUCAGAUAUGCCAGGCAAGCUGUUUACCACUGAGGCCCCAAUCACAGAUAUAUUUAAAAUACAUUGUUUAAUGUAUUAAAUAGGUAGUGGUUGCUGCUAAAAUUAUGCACACUUGUUUUAAGUAACCUGUGAGACUGCUCUAGGUGUGUUUUUAAAGAAUAUCUUCAGUACAAGAUCAUGAGUUCGAUCCCCGGUACCAAAAAAACCCUACAAUCUUCUUCACUUAGGUUAGAAUUUUUCACUGCCAGCCCCCAGUUUUUUAAGUAAUUAUGAAUGAUCAGCCUCAGAGACCAUCAUCAUUUUAAAUUUAAAGGUUGUUUUAAAGAAAAAUCUGUAAACCUCCAAAAUUUCUGAAGCAUUACAGUAUACAAUAAACUAUCUUUAAUUUAAAAUUAUAUUGUUACACUUUAUUUUUAAUUUAAAAUUAUAUUGAUUAGUGGGAAGGGGACACCUAGCAUCUGUUCUCAAACUAUUUUUUCAAAGGUAUAGCUUUGUAUGAGGCUUUGAGUGGGGGAAUUUGGAAGUGAUCACUACAAUGGAAUAGAGAUCUCGAUAGUUAAAAAUGAUUAGGUAAUUGCAUUUUCAGGGUCAUGUUAAAAUCUUAUCAUAUGCUUUUGAACCAAUUUGCUCUAUGAUAUUAAAACAUUUACAUUACCAAAAUUUAAUAAGUAUGGUUAAUAUGAGAUCUUUUACACAAACAUUGUGUGUAAGCAGGGGGCCAUGUCACAUACCUAUAAGGCCCCGGCACUUUAGAGGGAUGAUACAGAAUAGCAAGUUUGAGGUCAGCUAGGGCAAUUUAGCAAUUUAGGCAGACGCUGCCUCAAAAUCAAUACUUCUAAACUAGGGCUAGAACUGUAACUUAAUGCAAAGACUCUGGGUUCAAUCUGCAGGACCACAAAAAUAGAACUGCAAUUAUUGUUCUAGUUAAAUACCUUAAAGCUUCAAAUUGCCUUUUAUUUGAUUGUUAGACAAAUGGGGCUCCAGCAUUUUUUCUGUGCAUCAUUUAUGUUCCCAAUGAUAUCUGCAGCAAAAUUUUAUGCUAGGAUAAGAAGUUUCUGAUGUAGACAAGCUUGUUCUGUACAUGGAGCAACACAUUGAUUAGCCAUCUAUAGGCCAUGUAAUUAAGUAUGAAGCAUGUUGGAGAAUUAGAAACUGACAGAUUAGAUUAUAUAAUCUAUGGUAUAAGUUACAUAAUUGUAAUUUGAUUUGGGAUAAUUAUACUUUAUAAACUAUGGCACCUAUAUUAUGUAUAUCCAGUGUUUUUUACUAUAAAGUAGAUAAAAUUAUUUUAAAUUCAUUAUGGAAGUAUCUGGUUUGUUUGAAGAUAAACAUUGACUAAGGUUCCUGCUUAGCAACAUGUAUAAUGCUUGAGUAUCUAUGAGGGUGUAUUAUUGUACUGGCUGCCAAAAGCUGUGCUUGAUUUUUGGGGUUUUUGUUUUAUUUUGUUUGCUUUGUUUUUUACAACCCCCCCCCCCUUCGUAGCUUUUUAAACUGAAGCAUCUGAACUCAAUGGCAUUUUAAGCAUUUGUCCCCAAAUUCUAGGACAAGAUUAAAAUUUUCUACUAUCCAUGGUGGAGUAGGCUAAUGGCUAUCAAUUUGAUUGUGUGUGUGUGUAUGUGUGUGUGUGUGUGUGUGUGGUGCUAGGGAUUGAAUCUAGGGCUUUAGCAUGGUAGGUAAGCAACAGUGCUACAUCCCCAGUCCUUAAUUUUUUAUUUAUUGUUUAUUUUAUUUUUUUUGAGACAAGGUCUCACUAUGCAUUUCAAACUGACCUUGAACUCACCAUGUAGCCUAGCCUAGCCUUGAACUUGUAGGCAAUCUCACCUCAGCCUCUAAUGCUGGGAUACAGGCAUGCCCCACCACAGCUGACCUGAAUUUAAUUUUUAAAAAUGUUUCUAGCUUGUAUUAAAAUAUUCUUUAUUCAGUGGAACACUGAUAUUACAUUUGCCUUAAAUAUCUUUUUUUUAGCAAAAUGAAUCGACAGCCAUAUAUUGAUGCAUACUGUUUAAAUGCUCCAUGAAAUUUGCAAGCCUAGGAAUUACCAGGCCAAGGGCCAAGUCAUUUAAGUCCUGAGUAAUGUCAUUUUAUUAAAGUACUAACAUGGCUUCAUUGAUUUUGACAGUUUGUAUAUGUGCCAUUUUCAUAUCUGAUAGCAAUGUGGUGAGGCUUCACAGAAAGUGAUUUUUAAAAAGUUUUUUUUUUUUCACAUUAACCAUCGUGAAUCCAAGUAAAGGACAAUGCCAAUCUAAAUCCCUUCUCAACCUAUAAUUGUGAAUGAUUAUGCAGUAUGAAUAUUUGCAAUGAAUAAUGGCUGAGUAUCAACUUUUCUUGAGAAAAGGCUGUAUAUUUUUACGAGUUGAAUAAAUUGGGUGGGCUAGUGGUAGAGUGCUUGCCUACCAUGGGCAAAACCCUUGGUUCAACUCCCAGAACCCCCCAGUUUCAUAAAGAAAUUGCAAGUUGAGGGCUGGGGAUUUAGCUCAGCGGCAUAAGUGCCUCCCUUGCAAGUACAUGGUCAUGAGUUCAAUCCCUAGUAUCAAUAAAAAAAAAGAAAAGGAAUUACAAGUUGCCAACAAUCAUGCUAAAUGUGAAAGGCUAGUAAUAAUUUCCAUCAUUAAAUCAGUGAAAAAAUAUAAAGUUAAAAAUUACAGGUGUUUAGAUAACACGAUGGUGUUAUCUUUGAUAUAUCUGAACAACAAAAAGGCAGUUCAAUCUCAAAAUGGAUUUGAGAAGGCAAGCUUAGAAAUGCAUCAUUAUACCUGGCUCUAAGCUUUUAUUUUUGUUUACUUAUGUGUUUCUCAUAAGCUUUCAUGAUGCAGAUUCCCUCUCGUUUUGGACAAUAAAAUUUCUUCACCUUCAUCUUA